AGCAAGAAUGAUGCCGAUUUUGAGGCGAACCUACAGAAGCAAAAGUCCUUUCAUUACUGUGUUUGUAGAGAGCCUGCGCAGGCAUAGGAACUUUGGACAGUCUAUCAUGUUCUCAACUGUGCUAAAUCCACAGUCAUUCUCAACUCCAGGCUGGAUGUCAUGGAUUAUAUUUGCCUUUGUCUCUAAUCUUUUGAUGACCUAUAAGUUCACCAAAGUCACAGAGAAGGUCCCCCAGAGCAAUCACAGGAUGGAGUACGUGCCCUUCCCAGAUCACAAGCCGGACCACAUCUCCAGGUGGUAUGGGAAGAGGAGAGUUGAGGGCCUCCCAUACAAACACCUGAUCAAGCACCACCAGGAGCCCUCGCAACGCUACCUGAUCAGCACGUAUGACGACCAUUACAACCGGCACAAUUACAACCCGGGCCUGCCUGCCCUCCGCACCUGGAGUAGGCAGAAAUUGCUGUGGCUACCAGAGAAGUCGGACUUUCCCCUUCUCGGUCCCCCCACGAACUAUGGACUCUAUGAGCAGCUGAAGCAGAGGUGGCUGGCAUCUAAACCUGGCCUGAAUGAAAGCAUUUAUACUUCAUCCUACCCCAAACCACCAGCGUGUGCACUUUCUAAGCGGGAGCAUGCCAUCCCAGUCCCUCCCCCUCGCCUGCAGCCUGUCCCACACUUCUGAAAACUAUAGCCCUACCAGCGGUUCAGCACAUACACUGA